GGAAAUAAAAUAAGCGAAGGAGUUUGAAUGUAGUCCAUAUACCAGAGCUAAAGGCUGCUGCGAUUCGUUGAGAUAAAACGGAGAAGGGGUUGUCAUUUUUGGAGUGAUUUCGAUGAGGUGAUAUCGGUGGCCCUCAUCCUCCUCCUCUCUCUCUCUCUCUCUCUCUCAUCAUCAUCAAACUGAUAUGACAUAACCCCAGUUUCUCUCUCAUCGCCGCAUUCAAAAACCCCAGUCUCUCUCUCUAUCGAUCAUCCCCACCAAUUUCUCUCUCAUCACCGCAUUCAUAAACCCACUUUCUCUCUCUUCGUCAAUCAUCUACCUACAGUUCUUGUUUGCUUCCCAAUACAUAUCCAGGUGUGAAGUUGUGCUAGCAAAUAGAGAGGAUAGAGGAACAUGGCAACCGAUUCUAGUGCACCAGGUCUAGGAAAUGAGAAAGCCGGAACCCCAGGGGUGGAACCUUCUAAGCCAACAGGAGAUUAUGAGAAUGGUGCUAAUGUUGGGGCAACAAACGAAAAUGGUGGUAAGUCAGUGUUUGUGAACUCAGAGCCAAUGAGGGAAGACCAAGUGCAGAAUGCUAUCAAGUUCUUAUCACAUCCUAAAGUUCAAGGUUCUCCGGUCGUGUUUAGGCGUUCUUUCCUUGAAAGGAAGGGCCUGACAAAAGAGGAGAUUGAUGAAGCAUUUCGUCGCGUACCUGACCCUCCAUCAAAUGCCUCUACCACACAAGUUGCUACUUCUACCCAAGGGCAGUUGCAGUCUGCUCUUACUGUGCAGCCUCAGCCUCCCGUCCAUACCUUACAGCCUGCUGCUGUUACAACAAUGACAGUCCCAACACCUCAGAAGUCUGGAUUUCAGUGGUCCCAUAUUGCUUUAGCCGUAGGAUUGUUUGCUGCUUCAGGAGCUUGCACAGGUCUUCUUUUUAAGAAUGCUGUGGUUCCUAGGUUGAAGUCGUGGAUUCGUAAGGUUGUCUCAGAAGAAGAUGAGCUUGAGAAGAAGGACCAGUUAAAACCAAGACCGAUCGAUGAGGCUGCAGCUGCGGCAAAGGCAGCAGCAGCUGCUGCUGCUGAAGUGGCUAGAGCAAGUCAAGAAAUGUUGCAUGCGAAGAAUGAAGAGGGGAAGUACUUUGAGGCCUUCACCAAGUUGUUGGAAGUUCAAGUUGAGGAGAUGAAGACGAUGAGAAAUACCAUCUGCAACUUGGAGGGUAUUAGAGAAAAUCCUCGUGUGCUUGACCAGCAGAUUAGUAAACAAUUUCAUUCUGAAUCAGGGAGGCCUUUAUCAGCGCCUGCAUCUAUCCAACCUGCAGGAGGAGCUCCACAUUCACAACAAUUUAUGGAUGUCAUGGCCAUGGUGCAACGAGGUGAAAAACCUCCUGGCAUCCGGGAAAUCAAUGACAAAGUUCCAAAUGCAACACAGCCUUUGACAAAUUCCCGCCUGGUACCUAAGUCAAAGCCUUGGGAAGAUACAAGUCGGGUUCAACCCAGUUCCAUAUACAUCUCUCAGACAGAAACAAAGGUCGUGGACUCUCCCGCAUCGGGGCAGGGAGCCUACUAUGCAAAUGGGUCCGCGACCCAAACACAAUACCGGCAGCCAUUACGUAAUGGCACUCCUAUGGCAGAGCAACAAUGGUGGAAACAGAAACCGGAGCCCAACCCCAGCUAUUCUUUUAAUCCUGAUCGAGGUGCCAAUGUGACCAUUACUGAGGCAGAGCCCGAGAAUGAUGGGCUCCAAACCCAGCAUUCAUGGGCUCCUUCAAAAGAGUCCUUGCCCAGGCGUGCCUGGGUCCCACCUCCUCCCCCUCCGGUGGCAAUGCCUGAGGCUGCUGAUGCCAUCCGACGGCCGAGGUCUAGUGGAUGGGUUGAGGGUGCUGGGGAUGAACGGUCCACAUCAAGCUUGGGCAUUGGAGUAGAGCAAGAUGGGCCAUCUGAGACUGGUGUAUUGGGUUCAGUGAAGUAUGACAACUCUGAAGUAUAUGGUGGUACGAGCGCUGUAGAUGAGGAUGGUUCAGGGAAGGGUUUGGAUACCAUUGUCCCUUUAGAAACCGAGGCACAGUAGGAUUAGGGGAAUGACUCCUACUUGGUGGAAUUCUGUGGUUUCAUUUCUCUCUCUCUCUGUGCGCGGAGUUAAUUUUCAGCAUUCAUUGGAUGCUGGUUGUAUAUAUUUGUUUGUGCUUUUAAGAGUCCUGGAAACAGAAGAUCACUUAGAGCUUUCUGUAGACUUGGGCUGCAUAGUUACAUAAUAAGUGGUGGCAUCUCUUCUAAGUUUUGCUUUUGCCAUGAGAAUGUUGGGUGCUGUU